GGUACAAAAUGUCCAUCAGGGUGCAGAAUGCAAGGACUGAUUGAUGAAACGGACCGGGAUUAUGGUCACAGAAUAGAUAAAAUCAAGAGGCUGCUUGCUGAAAACCAAAACAACUAUAAAAAAUCAAAUCGGAUAAUUGUGGAAACCAUAAACGUACUGAAACCAGAUCUGGACAGUGCUCAGCAGGUUGAUGAGACUUAUGGCCAGGUGACUGGAGAACUGAGGCGGAGAAUCGUGACACUGAAGCAGAGAGUUGUCACUCAAGUAAACAGAAUUAAAGCUCUGCAGAGCAGCAUCCAGGAGCAGGUGGUGGAGAUGAAGCGCUUGGAGGUGGACAUUGAUAUUAAGAUACGAGCUUGCAAAGGAACCUGUGCUAGAAGUUUUGAUUACCAUGUGGACAAGGAAAGCUAUGACAACAUCCAGAAGCAGCUUACCCAAGCCAACUCCAUCGACCUGCACCCCGAGCUUCAAGCAACCACCCUGAGCACACUGAAGAUGAGGCCGCUUAAGGACUCAAAUGUUCCUGAACACUUUAAGCAUAAGCCUCUGCCAGAAAUGCAAGCUCUGAACAUAAUUAAUAAUAUCAGGCAGGUCAAAGCGGUAAUAGAAAGACCAGAAACAGACACAAACCCUUCCCGAGGUGACACCUUGUAUCACAUAGCAGAAUCGAGGGGGGAUGGACCUUCACACACCAGCAAGUUAAUUACUCCUACUCAUGGGAGAGAAACCCUGAGUCUGGGAGACAAAACCACCACCACUGUUCGUAGAUGCACCAAAACUACCACCACAAAAUUUGUCACUGGCCCUGAUGGCCCUAGAGAAGAAGUAGUUGAAAAAAUGGUUUCUUCUGAUGGCUCAGACUGCUCUUAUUUACAAGGAGCAGGAGGUAUUGAUCUAGCAUCAUUUUUAAGUCCUGACUUUCCGUCCACCGCCAAUAGGCACCUUGGUGGAUCUACCAGCAUCUCAACCAGCAGCCGCGUAACAGGUGGUAGCCACUCAGGCACUGGAGCAUCCAGUCAUUCAGGGUCUUAUGAGGGGAGAGGCAAAUUCACAGAUUUAGGAGAGGAAGAAGAAGAUGAUUUUGGAGGACUUGACCUUCAUCCAUCUGGAUUCCCAUCUGGCAGUGCAAGUCACUCCAAGACCGUAGUGACCAGCUCCUCCUCUAGUUUCAACAAGGGAGGCUCCACUUUUGAAACCAAAUCCCUAAAGACCCGUGAAAUAUCUGAGCAGCUAGGUGGGGUGCAACACGAUCAGAGUGCAGAGGAUACCCCAGACUUUCAGGCACGCGGCUUCAAACCGACAGGAGCCAAGCAAAGGAGAGACAACACUGGGAAAGACUGCGAUGAUAUCCGCCAGAAACACACUUCUGGUGCCAAAAGUGGCAUUUUCAAAAUCAAGCCAGCGGGAUCCCGUAAGGUUUUGUCAGUUUAUUGCGACCAAGAGACCACUUUGGGAGGAUGGCUAUUGAUCCAACAGAGAAUGGAUGGAUCAGUGAAUUUUAACCGGACCUGGCAAGACUACAAGAGAGGUUUCGGCAGCGUGGAUGGCAGAGGGCAAGGAGAGUUCUGGCUGGGUAAUGAAAACAUACAUUUGCUGACUCAGAAUGAGACGCUCCUGCGGGUAGAGUUAGAGGACUGGGAUGGAAAUGCUGUGUAUGCAGAGUAUAUCGUUCAGGUAGGGUCUGAAGCUGAAGGGUACCCCCUCGCCCUGUCUUCCUAUGAGGGGACCGCCGGGGACGCGCUGAUUGCCGGCUGGCUGGAGGAGGGCACCGAAUACACAUCCCACGCCCAAAUGCGGGUCAGCACCUUCGACCGGGACCAGGACCGCUGGGAGGAGAGCUGUGCGGAGAUGUACGGGGGCGGCUGGUGGUACAACAGCUGCCAGGCAGCCAACCUCAAUGGCAUUUACUACCUGGGGGGCCACUACGACCCCAGGUACAACGUCCCUUACGAGAUAGAAAACGGCGUGGUCUGGCUGCCAUUUAGAGCCUCUGACUACUCCCUCAAAACUGUGAGAAUGAAAAUCAGGCCCAUAGAAACCCUGUAGAAAGACAGGCUUUUAAUGUCUAUGUUACCACUA